CUAGCCUACCUAGCUAGGCUUUUUUCACGUUUAUUCGUGUAGACAGUGAAAUAGGUAAAUGAAACAUGUAUUCCUGGUAACAUGGAGUGCAGAAUGGUGAUUUGAUCUAUAGGAAAUCAGAUCAGAUCAGAGCAAGAAUGGCGAAGGAAGAGAAGGUAGAGGGGCAGGGGGAAAGGGAAGCAGAGGCGGAGGGGGAGGUGGAGGGAGAGGGAGAGGGAGAAGGAGAGGGAGAAGGUGAGGCAGAGGAGCAGCAGAAGCGAUCAGAAAUCUACACAUACGAGUCGCCAUGGCAGGUGUACGGGAUGAACUGGAGCGUGCGCAAGGACAAGAAGUACCGGUUGGGAAUUUCGAGCCUGGUAGAGCACUACUCGAAUAAGGUGGAAAUCGUUCAGCUGGAUGACGAGACGGGUGAUAUCAAGGGCGACCCGAAGCUGUUGUUCGAGCAUCCGUAUCCCCCGACUAAGCUCAUGUUCAUCCCGGACAAGGACUGCCUCCGCCCGGACCUCGUGGCCACCUCCGCCGACUAUCUCCGCAUAUGGGAGAUUGGGGAAGAUGAAGUUUCGUUGAAGUCAUGUCUCAACAACAACAAGAACAGCGAUUUCUGUGGCCCGCUCACCUCUUUCGACUGGAAUGAGGCGGAGCCGAAGCGCAUCGGAACUUCCAGCAUCGACACGACCUGCACUAUUUGGGACAUCGAUAAGGGGGUGGUGGACACGCAGCUCAUUGCGCAUGACAAGGAGGUCUACGACAUCGCCUGGGGCGGCGUGGGCGUAUUCGCCUCAGUCAGCGCUGAUGGCUCAGUCCGUGUGUUUGACCUGCGCGACAAGGAGCACUCCACCAUCAUCUAUGAAAGCUCUGCCUCCCAGCCCCUAGUUCGCCUCGGGUGGAACAAGCAGGACCCCCGGUACAUGGCCACCAUCAUCAUGGAUUCCCCCAAGGUUGUCGUCUUGGACAUCAGGUACCCCACGCUCCCCGUCGCUGAGCUGCAGAGGCACCACGCCAGCGUCAAUGCCAUUGCCUGGGCUCCUCAUAGCUCUUGUCACAUCUGCACAGCGGGGGACGACUCGCAGGCGCUUAUAUGGGACCUCUCCUCCAUGAACCCCUCCCACGCACACACUCACCAGCCCCCUCUCGAUGGUGGCCUCGAUCCCAUCCUCGCCUACACCGCGGGCGCCGAGAUUGAGCAGCUGCAGUGGUCCUCCACCCAUCCCGACUGGGUCGCCAUUGCCUUUUCCAACAAGCUCCAGAUUUUAAGGGUUUGAAACUCUUCAAGUGCUGUUUAAGGCUUCAAACUAAUAAAAUAUUCACAUUAGCUAAUCACAUUGACUGUUUUAUUUGUACCCCUCUUUCCAAUUCUCUCUUGACUCGUAGGCAUUUCAGUGCUCAGCUUACUUUUUUCGCAUUAACCAAGCUCACUGACUCUCUUUUAGACCGUUCUUUCCAAUUCACUCUUAAAUUGUGGACAUUUCAGUGCUCAGCAUGCUUCUGAAAUCACAUAUAUUUCAUUAUUUCUUCUAGUGCAGAAGGAAUACAACUGUACAAAUUGAUCCUACUAAAUGAACCUUAUGUUAUGAGCAUUAAACAGUUGCAGUUA